GACUCAGCAGUAUGGGAAGCAGAAUAAAGGAGAAAGAAAUCUUGUAUUUAUGGAGGAUAACAUUAUUUUUCAAUAUGGUCAUAAUGAAUGGAGUCAAUUCGUCAAGUUUCAUUGUUACUGAAGACUUGUACACAAAUGAAAACCCACCCUUUACCCUCCCUGUGUUUUACACAAACAGUAUGGACUCCCCGAUCUCUCUAAAAUGUAAAACCGUUAAUAGUAACAGCGGACUUACAGCUCAAACUGUGACAUUACCAGUGGGUUCUAACCAGAAGGUUGAUGUGGUGUUCUCUGGUAGCCUCACGAUUUCUCUUCCUUUUGAAGUUUCUUGCUCAGUUGAAGACGAAACAGAAAUACUGACUAAAUCUAUUGUAUCAGACACUGAGAGAGUAUUGGGAUUGUGCCAUUUAGACCAGUUAUACGCUGACCCAACCACUGGUAAAGUAGAAAUUCGCACAGCUGAAACUCAAGGUGAUAUAACUCUAAACUUUUGUUCAUGUAUUAAUGUUGAUGAAAAAUCGAUCCUUCUUUUUGAUGACAAAGACACAGCUGAAGUUAGUAACGGUAACUGUGUUGGGCCAGUUUGCAAGUGCACUCUAAAAUGCACUUACAAUACUAAUCAGUUUGUAAGUAGAGAACUGAAAGUUCUGAAACCUGUCCUCUACAUAAAAUCUUCAUUCGAGAAACUUACACUCUUCAAGAACACAUCAACCAUUGCUGCCUUCACUUUUCCUCCUUCUAAAGAUGCUCUUGAAUGUUUUGCAAACAAAGUGGAUGUUUCAGAAAGUACUUUUCUUGUUGGGGAUGUAAUCAAGAACGGUAACUUUAAAGAUCUGGUAUUGGAAGAGUCGCAGUCUGACCCUGGUGUGUACCACGUCUUUCCAAAGGACUCAGCUGUGCUAUCAGGGGUAUAUGGGAUAAAGUGCACUUCUGGCACAACUUCUGAUACAUUUGUGUUUGAAUUUGACAAUAGUGAAGCGAGCAAUAUUGUCGGAGAGAAAAUUGACUUCGAUGAGUAUGUUUCUGUACCUUGUUCUUGUGAUAAAACUCCAGGUUUCUGUGAUCAUCGGUGUUGUUGUGAUUCAGAUUGCUCAGAUGUACAGGAAGAGUCGUUCAGCAGCUGUAUCGAAGGACCUAAGGGAGGUGACCACACUGUUAGAAUAACUCCGUCGUGUUCUGACGUCAGUAACGUCUCCCCCUGGGAACGAGCUUUGUGCAUCAAGACUUCCAACUCUGCUUUUCUCGGCAGAUACUUCAAUUUUGUCAACCGAAGUUUCACAGCGGAGAAUGAGUGGGAUGAUAGCAACAUCGCCGGUAUACCCACAUCAUCGUCAAAAUCUACAAAAGGAUAUCCAAUCUUCACUCUCAUUUCUCUAGAUGAGAACACUGACGUGAAGGGUUUCCUCACCUUACCAGGUAGAGUAGGACGAUCCUGCAUCUCAGCUGACCCGUUAAAAUUACUGGAGAACUCCCAUGCUAUUUGUAGUAGAGAGGUUACAGAUAAUUGCAAUAUGGAGUUUGGGGGAGCUUUCAGUGCCCGCUCUUACCUUAGUCCUACAGAACGUUCCGUCGAUCCUUGCGGAUGGUUUACACGUGUAUACUCAAACGGAGUGAAUUCAAAUGAAGCUUCAGAAGCUAUAAUAAAAGUACUCUACAAAAAGGACGGAGUGAUUAUCAACAACUUGGCCUCGAAAAUCCUGCAGGAUCAAUCCUGUGAGCAUGCAGUUACAGGAGUGCUGUACGAAGUAUCUAUCUCCUCUGGUGUUAUAAUCUAUAUCACCGCUACAAUCACUAUACAGGACCUCAGGAAUGUUGAUAGCGUGAUGACGUCAUAUAGUGUGGUCUACAAAUCAGCUGAUAUGAAAUCGGUGAUUGCUAAAGAAAUGCCCCCAGAGAUAGGAUACAAACGGCACGAACCACUCCUUGUAUCAUCUGGCACAUUCCAACUGCCCCAGUAUGGCAACUGUGAUGAUGAUAAGAAAAGAAAUACCCCCGAAUUCAGAGUAUCUACUAUCGUCCAAUGUUACAAGAUCAUCCAGGACAACAACAUCAAACAGAACUGUUCAGCACUGUACGAUUCACUUCUAAAAGGCUACUUCCAGAUAAUAGAGAACGGGACUAUGAUAGGAUCAACUCCCGGAAAUAGUUCCCUGAUAACAGCCACCCUUACUAACCCACUAAACAUUACUGAUAUCACAGAAACAGAGCUCUGUGAUUACCUCCCCUCAUAUCUCCACAUUAAAAUAUACCACAAGAACAACACCCUUUCUGGGGAGGACAUCACCAAUGUCACCUUCAGUUUAGAACACGGUUCUAUCACUCAGUUCAGUGGUGAUAGGUUUCUGUUACAAGCUGAUCUUCAGUAUCUUAUCUCUGAUGUUCCUGUCACGAGGGGCUCGUUAUCUUUUGAGGAUAUUAUCGAGUUCUUUGAGAACAAGCAGGAGCUCUUGAACAGUUUGAUUGUUGUUUUUGCGGCGCUUAUCUAUUUUGCUAUCCCCAAAAAUUUGUUGUCUUCAAAGCUUUAACGUUCGUGAGAUAGAUAUAUUUUCAAACGCUAUAUUUUAAUAUGUAUUUUAAAUUGAAUGUAAAUAUAUGUGAAUAGACAACAAAUUAUUAUGGCUAUAAUGAUUAAUAGUUCAUCGACAAGUCAGCUUAAAAAUG